AUGAUUGCACUUCUCGAAUUGUAUGCUGCUCUGCGGUCAGACACAGUUGUCAGUUUUCAUUUGCCGAGGAAUCUGUAUAUCGACCCCAAGGUUUUUUAUUACACAACAGAAAAUCAGUUUAGUUUGCAGUGUGUUUUAAAAUAUCCGUCGAUAUCGAAAAUUCCCAUAACACUUAUCUUCAGUUCAACUUUAGUAGUUUUAGCUGAUAUUAAUGAUACUCAAAUAGAUAAGAAGGAAAGCAAGAAAGAGUUAUAA